AGACCAAACUCACAUUGCAAAACAAACUCGAAAAGAUCGAAGAGAAGAGGCAAAGAGAUGGCUUCUACCUCCGCCGUGUCAUUGUUCAUGCCACUUACCCAAAACCGUUUAUCGUCGUCGGCAAAACCAAUUGCCUUAGUUAAGCCAUUGCUUUUGAAGCCAUCUAAGGCGUCAUCCUCCUCCUUAGCGAGGCCUUCACGGAGCUUUCAAGUGAAAGCAUCUAACCUGAAGAUGGAGAAGGCUGUGAGCGGCUUAGCAGCAGCAGCUCUCACCGUUUCAAUGGUGAUCCCUGAGGUGGCUGAAGCCGCAGGCACAGGAGUCUCUCCUUCUCUCAAGAACUUCUUGCUUAGCAUUGCCGCGGGAGGAGUGGUGCUCACAGUCAUCAUCGGUGUGGUUGUUGGUGUCUCCAACUUUGAUCCUGUUAAGAGAGGCUAAGCACGAGAGAUAUCUGUCUAUCAUUGUAGUAUGAACUUAUAUAUUAGAAAUAAUAUGAGCAAAUUCUUCACUAAUACUGUCCCAAAGAGAAUCAUCCCCAUGUAGUACCCAAACACGCAAAAGGCGUCUUUAGGCCACUAGGAAUUCAGGGUAAUCCGUGGCUCUAAGUGGAGCAGCAGCAGGUGUGUAACAUCGUCCUUUGGAGCGUUGAUGAUCCCAACAUCAGGUCCAAAUUUUCUCAUGGGGCCCAAUCAGAGUUUAUAUAUUAGUAGAGGUCUAUGGGAGUUUUAUUUGAUGCUUUAAUAUUUAUAAAAUAUAUUAAAAUAAUAAUUUAUGUUAUAGUUUUAGAAUUUGUUUUGCAUAUGUUGUGUGAGAUAGUUUAGAAUUUAAAAUUUGUUUACCCAUAUAAAUUAUUGUUAAUAUUUUUAUUUUAAUAAUCAUGGC